AUGAGCGAUAAAGACCCUGGUGAGAACCAAAAAUUAUAUUUAAAUCGUGCCGGUAAAAAAGUAGAGGUGAAUAUUGAGCACUUAAAAAAACCACAUACACUUCAGCCCAAAGAGCACCCCUCCAAGCGUUGCCCAUUGGUUUUAGGCGGGGAUCACAGGCCCUCAGUAGAGUCGAAGACUAAAAGUACAGAAGAACCACACAAAUAG